GUUUGGCUGUCUGUAACUCUGUCCAGAAGCUUCCCCCCAACCCAACCCCAGAGCUCUUUUUGGAAAAUUCCCUAGAAGAGCUGAAUUGUAAGCACGUUUAAGCAGAAAGGAAACAUGUCGGUGGAAAGACCAAUCUCCCUGAAUAUUGACCCCCAGGAUCUGCAGGUCCAAACAUUUACUGUAGAGAAGCUACUGGAACCUCUCAUAAUCCAGGUUACCACACUUGUCAAUUGUCCACAGAAUCCUUCCAACAGGAAAAAAGGACGUUCAAAAAGAGCCAGAGUCCUUCUAGCCUCUGUGGAGGAAGCAACUUGGAAUUUGUUAGAUAAGGGACAGAAGAUUGCUCAGGAAGCCACCGUUUUAAAGGAAGAGCUUACCACUGCGCUGGAGGUAGUUCGCAAAGAGAGUGAAGCCCUGAAGUUAUCAGCUGAGAGAUUUACGGAUGACCCCUGUUACCUCCCCAAGAGGGAGGCUGUGGUUCAAGCCGCCCGCGCCUUGCUGGCAGCAGUUACCCGACUCCUCAUCCUUGCAGACAUGAUUGAUGUCAUGUGUCUCCUGCAGCACGUGUCAGCGUUUCAAAGAACAUUCGAGUCUCUUAAAAAUGUUUCCAACAAGUCUGACCUUCAGAAAACCUACCAGAAGCUUGGGAAGGAGCUGGAAAAUCUGGAUUACUUAGCCUUCAAACGCCAGCAGGACUUAAAAUCUCCAAGUCAGAGGGAUGAAAUUGCAGGAGCCCGUGCCACAUUGAAGGAGAACUCCCCACUCUUGCAUUCAAUUUGUUCGGCUUGUUUGGAACAUUCUGAUGUUGCUUCCCUCAAAGCCAGCAAGGACAUAGUGUGCGAUGAAAUUCAGAAUGCCCUCAAUGUCAUCUCAAAUGCGUCCCAAGGCAUCCAGAAUGCUCCCACCCCAGCUGAGCCUCAGGCAGCAACCCUGGGAAGUGCGCUGGAUGAGCUGGAGAAUUUAAUUGUCCUGAAUCCACUCACAGUGACUGAGGAUGAAAUGAGACCCUCACUAGAGAAACGCCUUGAAGCCAUUAUCAGUGGUGCAGCUCUGCUGGCAGACUCUUCUUGCACGAGGGACUUCCACCGGGAGCGGAUUAUCGCUGAGUGCAAUGCCAUUCGCCAGGCUCUUCAGGACCUGCUGUCAGAGUACAUGAACAACACUGGGAGAAAGGACAGGAGUAAUACCCUGAAUCUCGCUAUAGACAACAUGUGCAAGAAGACAAGAGACCUGCGCAGACAGCUCCGAAAGGCUAUUAUAGAUCAUGUCUCGGACUCUUUCUUGGAUACAACAGUUCCACUUUUGGUUCUCAUUGAAGCUGCUAGGAAUGGCCGGGAAAAGGAAAUAAAAGAAUAUGCCGCAAUAUUUCAUGAACAUACCAGCAGGCUUGUGGAGGUAGCAAACCUUGCUUGCUCAAUGUCCACAAAUGAAGAUGGAGUUAAAAUAGUCAGAACUGCAGCCAAUCACCUCGAAACCUUGUGCCCACAGAUUAUUAGUGCUGCGCUUGCUUUGGCGGCAAGGCCCAAAAGUCAGAUGGUCAAAAACACCAUGGAGAUGUAUAAGCGCACGUGGGAGAAUUCCAUCCAUGUUCUCACAGAAGCUGUGGACGAUAUCACACGCAUUGAUGACUUCCUUGCUGUCUCUGAAAGCCACAUCCUGGAAGAUGUCAACAAGUGCAUCAUUGCCCUGAGAGACCACGAUGCUGAUAAUUUAGACCGAGCUGCAGGUGCUAUCCGAGGACGGGCCGCCAGAGUCGCUCACAUUGUCACAGGUGAAAUGGACAGCUAUGAACCAGGCGCCUACACGGAAGGUGUAAUGAGAAAUGUCAACCUCCUUACAAGCACCGUCAUCCCAGAGUUUGUGACACAAGUGAACGUUGCCUUGGAAGCCUUAAGCAAGAACUCAUUGAGCGAGUUUUAUGAUAAUCAGUUUGUGGAUGUCUCAAAGAAGAUCUACGAUACCAUUCAUGAUAUCCGUUGUUCCGUCAUGAUGAUCCGGACCCCGGAGGAACUAGAGGAUGUUUCUGACCUUGAGGAUGAUCAUGAGGUCCGCAGUCACACCAGCGUGCAGACAGAAGGGAAAACAGACCGGGCUAAGAUGACUCAACUGCCUGAGGCAGAAAAAGAAAAGAUCGCCGAGCAGGUUGCUGAUUUCAAGAAGGUGAAGAGCAAGCUGGAUGCUGAGAUUGAGAUAUGGGACGACACAAGCAACGACAUCAUUGUUCUCGCCAAGAAGAUGUGUAUGAUCAUGAUGGAGAUGACAGACUUCACGAGGGGCAAAGGGCCACUAAAACACACCACUGAUGUGAUCUAUGCGGCUAAAAUGAUAUCAGAAUCCGGCUCAAGGAUGGAUGUCCUUGCCCGGCAGAUUGCUAACCAGUGUCCAGAUCUAUCAUGCAAGCAGGACUUGCUGGCUUAUCUAGAGCAGAUUAAGUUCUACUCCCACCAACUGAAAAUCUGCAGUCAAGUGAAAGCUGAGAUCCAGAGCCUCGGGGGAGAGCUCAUCAUGUCAGCCUUGGACAGUGUCACCUCCCUGAUCCAAGCAGCCAAAAAUUUAAUGAAUGCUGUAGUACACACAGUGAAAAUGUCAUACAUUGCCUCGACCAAGAUCAUCCGAAUCCAGAGUCCUACCGGGCCCCGGCACCCUGUGGUCAUGUGGAGAAUGAAGGCUCCAGCAAAGAAACCCUUGAUUAAAAGAGAGAAGCCCGAAGAAGCCUUUGCAGCCAUCAGACGGGGCUCCACAAAGAAGAAAAUCCAUCCAGUACAAGUGAUGAGUGAAUUUAGAGGAAGACAAAUCUACUGAACCCCUAUUCUGUUCUAAAGCCCAUAUUGUAAUAUCCUGCCUGAAACAUGGCUUUAUUAUAUACUUGAUUAGUUCUGCUAUUUCCCUAAGUUUUAGAGUUUAACUCACAAAUAACCCAAAACAGAGGAGGUCAAACCAAUGCAAGCAACGUGCAUUUGGAAUCACGUCUUUACCAUCUCAGUCUACAUACACGUAAUGAGAAAUCAUCAGGCAGUAUCCAGUGAGUCCCCCCCGCCAUGUCAAUUAGCUUGUCCCAUCACAGGGAAUGUCUUAUGUUCCUGACAAAUGAACGCAGUGAGGCAACAGUGGAUACUGUUGAACCUCACUGGUAAGUACAGUCACUCCUCAUUGUGAGUAAAAACAAUAACAUGAGCUUCUAGGCUUGUGUUUCAAUGGAAACUGAUGAGUUUAGUAACUGUUUGCAUCCUCUAUAUUUUUUACCCAACAUAACUUGGCAUCUAACUAGCGAAAAAAUGUGUGAUGCUUGCUUUAGAGAAGAGCUUAACGUUGUCAACAUUUAGCCAAAACUAACCAAAAAUGAGUACUACUAAAUGGAAUUUGAAGGUCACCUCGUUGCUCACAGUUUUGUAUUGGUGACAUAAAGGUAGCUGUGCUGCUGGCUCCCCUGUGUUCAGCAGUGCUGGGCCCAUCAGGGAAAACCCAUAGCAGAGUUAUGGAGCCACUGGCAAGUGCUCUGCCAUCUUACUCUAUCAGGGAAAACCCAUAGCAGAGUUAUGGAGCCACUGGCAAGUGCUCUACCAUCUUACUCUAUCAGGGAAAACCCAUAGCAGAGUUAUGGAGCCAUUGGCAAGUGCUCUACCAUCUUACACUAUGCCAGCUCUCCUGGUGGUGAAAUGAAAAUUGAAUUAUAUCCCAAAGUAAACCUAUGGUGACAAAAGUAAAAUGAUUCCUACAUGACUCCUAACAAUCUUCUCUUCUCCAUUUGUAGUUGUAAUUAAAGGGAAAGGCCAGCAUGAAAACCUUUUGGCACUGUGUAAAAUGUAACUGAAUUGUACUACUGAAGUAUGAAGCAGAGUUAAUGGCAAUGAAGAAGGUGCAAUGAUUUUAAUGAUGCUCUUUUAAAUAAAAGUCAGUGGGGUCAUUUAAUAUGUUGAGUAACUGUGCUCAUCCAGAGUUGAGUUCAUAAUGGACUCCCUAACAGUCUGAAUGGGUGUACAAGUCAGUCUCUGUCUCCCUCCCUCUCUCCCCCUCUCUCUCCUUCCUCUCAGUGAUCAGUUAUUUUAACAAUUGUUUCACUUUAGAAUGAGAAAAUAAAUGUUUUUACAUAUAACACCAAUUAAUGUUAAGCAUGAAACAUAAGGAAGGUCAAAGGCUGGAAGCAUGGUGUGUACUCUAUCUGAAGACAGAUGGGGAAGGAGAGACUUAACAGGUCAUUUCUAGUUAGGGAAUGCUAACUUUGUUUUAUUGUAAUGAAUUAUUUUGUUUUGUCUACCAUGAUGGAUUUCCAGGGCUCUUUUGUUUUAUUUUGUAAAUUAGUUUUAAUAUCUAUUUAUUUAUUUGGGGAGAGAGUGAGAGAGAGACAAUGGACGUGCCGACGCCUUCUGCCACUGAGAUCAAACUCCAGAUAUGUGUGCCAUUUUUAGUAUGUGGCUUUACAUAGGUGGUAGGGCACCAAAUCUAGGACUUUAGACUUUGCAACAAGUGCCUUUAACUGCUGAGUCAGUUCUACAGUUUGCAUAUAUAAAAUUCAUACAAGCUAAGGGAAAUGAAUUCCUCAAACCUCUUUCUCUUGCUCUGAGGGCUUUCCCACCAUAAUUAUUCUGGAAAGAGUAUACUCCCUUGAAGAGAAGUCAACAAAAACAAAAAAAAAAAAAAUGGGAAUUAUGCAGUUCAGAGUUCAAAUGAUUAUAGUUUUCAGGAGUAUUUAGAUACUUGAGACAAACAGGGGGAAGCUUGGUACAGUAGUCAGGACAGCUUUCUCUCAGGUACCCGUGAAAAUUCAUAUAUUGUUGAGAAUGGGUUUCCUUUAAAUAUGUCACUAGCUAUAUAUACUAUCUCCUGAAGUGGCAUGCUUUAGGAUCUUGGGACUAAUUUAGAUAAUUUAGUGUCCAUUUGAAACUAUAUAAACUUUUUACAUGUUGGAGUUCAGAAUGCAGUAUUGGGAGAGAAAGGGACAAAAACAAUUUUUCAUGUUACUGCUACUUUACCCAGAAUGGAAUGCUAACAGACCUUUUCAUGCAUAUAGGUCAAGUUCUGACUAAUCUUUAAACAAACUAUCAUUUACUGGGCAU